CUUGCACAAUAAUUGUUAUCGUAGUUAUCGAAUUAGAAAAGCCGAAAGAAUUUAACACUUUGUGGAUAAUAAGAAAUAAAUGAGCGCUGAUCUACUGCAAUUAGACGUGGACACGCUGUUCGAACAGCACGGCGUGUCCGAGAUCGAUGAUGUGCAGAAGAAAAUCCAAACAGUUGUGGAAAAUAAGCGCGAAGAGCUGCGCACCAUGGUCGGCGAACGCUACCGGGACUUACUCAAGGCUGCCGACACCAUAGCAGCCAUGCAGACAUCGGCAGGCACACUCAUCGAGCAGGUCCAUUGCGUCCAGGGCAAUUGUCGCAGCCUCAACGAACAGCAAUUGCUGGGCUUCAAGACCACGCCCACCGAUACCGAAGUGUUGCUCCAUAAGCGCGCGGUGAGCAAGCAGCUAAGCAACUACUACAGCACCAUGGUUCAGAUCAAACUACUGAGCAGCUUGCCAGAGCUGAUUUGGACGCACAUUGACCGGGAGCAGUUCUAUGCAGCCACAGAACUCUUCAUAUUCAGUAGACACAUAAGCACGGGUCUACAGCUCGAUGCGAAGAAUACGCUGAUGCAGCGGCUGCCUGUGGCACUGAAGCAAUGGGAAAUCCUACGUCCAUUUCAUAUAACCAUCAAACAGGCGGUGCUCGGAGUGCUGGAGCGUGAGCUACUCACCGCCGACAUAGCGGUCGAUUGCAUGUUGAGCCUGCUGCUGCUGGACAAAUGCGAUUUGGACCAGGUGCUGCAAACGUUUCUGCAGCUACGGUCCACAGCCUAUUUUAACUGCCUGCAGAGCCAGGGAAGCGAUGCCGAAAAGGACAAACCGAGGCGAGUCAAGGAACGCAUUUUGGCCAGCUUGCAUAUACUAAACGGCACCAUUGAGCUCCUUGACACCUGUUUGUUAGCUAAUGGUCUGCUUUUCAAACGUUUGGCGGAGUGUGUGGCGCCGACUGCGGCGCCCAGUAUUAAUCGCAUGGAUAGCAGCGAUCGGCAGUUAGCGCAUCUGCUACCCGACAUUAUAGCUGGCUAUAAGCCGCAGUUUGAGAAGCCAAAAUUAUUGCCAGAGCAGAUGUGCGAUGCACUGUUAAAGUGGAUGUCCAAAAUUAACAGCUUGGCGGACAAGCAGCUACAGCCCAUCUUUGGGCUGGUCAGCAGCAUGCAGACCAUACAGGAUAUCAAGUUGGCAGCGGGCACCACGGUCAAGCGUGACUAUGCCCAUCUGGAGCAGCAGUUAACGCUGCCGCAAGCUCAGUUGGAUUUUUACACACUGAAGUAUAUGCCGUUGAUCAAUGCACGCGUUCGGGAGAUCAUACGCAGUAGCUGGGUAGCAGCAAUGCAGCAGACCUACAAAGACGUGGUCAAGCUCGUCGAGAACAUUAGCCAACCCACACCAAUGCAAAUCUGGCGAGAGCAGAGUGAUGAUCUACCGUUGAGUCUAGCUGCCGCGCUUAGUGAUCAGCCAAAACGUUUGGCCAACCGCACCAAGGGCUACGAAGCGGCCACCAUUACACUUUGUGCUCAAUUCGACACGCAGUUAGCAUCCAUUGUUCAGGAGCUGAAUGUGCUGCUACAGGAACAAACAACACGCGCCGAGGAUAAAUUGGCGUUGAUAAAUUUUCUGCGCGAGACAGCGGAGCAGCAGAUGACGAGCUAUCUGACUCAACUGAAGACGCUGCGUCUGCAGGAACGUCAAGCUCUUUUGCAGGCGCUGCGCAAUACGCUGGCCUUGAUCGAGCUGUGCCCUCAUCUUAAACUGUGUUUCUGCCAGCCCAGCAGCUGGCGUCAAUGGGCGGGAAAUUUGACAGUUGCUGGUGCUGAGCAUUGGCAGCGUUUGUGUGCACUGAUCGAGGAGGAGCUGCUUCAAUUCUGGCAGCUCAUUGUCGAUGAUAUACUGGCCUCUCACAGCUGCACGGAGAAGCUGCCACAGACCAUUACACACGAUGUUGUCCUGCGCGACUUUGCUCUCUGGCAAACAUUGACUUUGGAGCAGCGCGAUGAGGAGCAUGAUCAGAGUGUGCAGUCCACCAUACGUAUACCCAGCCAGCCACGUCUCUCGCUCCAAACGUAUUUGCACCAAUUGAUUCACGUGCUAAAUAAUGCUGUACCACAAACGCUGCCAUCUAAAGUGCUUCAGGCCUUUAAUCAAAAGCUACUCGCCCAGCUCUUGGCCCACUACGAGCAACUGUCAGCAGCGCAGUGCACCAAAGACAGUCAAAACAUUGCGCUGCAGCUGUACUUCGAUCUUAAGUUUCUGGAGCGUGUGUUUGCCGUGAAUCGCGAGGACCGCAGUCUCUAUGAACGAUUCCAUGGGCUGCAGCGCAGUCUACGCGACUGCAUCGAUCCAUUUGAUUUUGAGCUGUUCGCCGAGCACAUAACCACGCAUGUUUCUCGUUCUGCGGCGCGUCUGCAUGGCGAACUUGGUGUCCUUACGCCGCCUCAUGAUAGCACGCAAGUAGCAAAUGCUAGUUCGCUGUCACAUGAGGCUGAUCCCAAUGUGCUCUGUCUAAGUUCAUCCGGCUCCACUUCGCUCUGGUUCCCAUUGCUGCCUAUUGUCAUGCCGCAGGCGGCAGCAUCAGCAACUCUUCCUGUCGAACGCAAAUCCAAUGCCACGGAAUCAGACAAGGGGGCAACGACACCAACGCGCAAGCCAGGCACACGCAAAAACGAUGCGAGCAGCAAAUCCAAGUCGGGCGCCGCCUCCUUCUUUGGCAUGUCCCAGGAGUGGUUCCGUUAGAGCCGUUUGCCA